GUUCUACUCGCCCUACGACAGCCGUAAGUUUUACUACAGACGUCUGUCAUACGUGUCGAUAUUUCUCACCACUCCAAUGGAUCUACGUAGUGCCUGUACUGCUCUAUAUUCAUGGCGGAGGUCAUAUCUUUCGAAAUCCACGUAGCUGGUCAUUUGAUAGCUGGAUCAAUGAAAGCACUCCCUAAUUCGCCAACAUUACAUAGCAAAUUCGGUGGUGACUCAACCAAAGCGACUAUCAAUGAUCAGAGCGCCGGUGGUAGCUCUGUGGAGCUAAACAUGAUUGCCAACGAAGGUGAACAGCCCUUCUUCCGAUUCUACGCAUCGUAUGCAGGAUGCGGAACGGGCUCUGUGGCAGAGAAAAUGACAUGCCUUCGUGGUGCAAGCGUUAGUGCGCUUGUCCAACACAAUGUUUGAUGGCACUAACACCGU